AUGACACAAAUUCUGGAAAAUUUAGUGUGUGAUAGAGGAAAUGAACCAAUAGAAUAUCGGGGUUUGUCCGCUUUCACAAAACAUCACCCACCUAAGUUUGAGGGCAAAUUCAACCCAGAAGGAGCUCAAAGAUGGAUAACUGAAAUAGAAAAGAUUUUCAAUGCCAUGGGCUGUCAUGAAGAACACAAGGUUACAUAUGCGACAUAUAUGUUGAUCGGGGAGGCAGAGAAUUGGUGGAGGGUUGUCAAUCAAACCUUACCACAUGAAGAGGGAAUAGUUUCAUGGGAAGAUUUCAAAGCUAGUUUCUUAGAAAACUAUUUUCCAAAGGAUCUUAAAAAACAAAAAGUUAGGGAGUUUUUGGAGCUCAAACAAGGGAACAUGAGCAUUGGAGAAUAUGCUUCUAAGUUCCACGAACUUAUGAAGUAUUGGCCAUACCAUCAAAAUAAUGGAGAAGAACUUUGUGCGCAUUUUGAGAAUGGGCUAAGAGCAGAUGUUCGUACAACAGUCAGUAUCUUUCAAAUUACUGAUCUUUCAACUUUGGUAAGUAAAUGUAGAAUUUACGAGUCUAGCCUGAAAAGAAAAGAUGUGGAUAUGAGAAUAGGAGGACCAAUGAGAACUGAUAAGAAAUAUCAGGUUCAUGUUAACAAAAGGCCAUAUCAAAGACCUAACACUUUUUAUCUUGGUGGAACAACAAAUCGUAAUGGCAACAAUAACGUUGAUAAUGACAUAAAAUGUUAUCGUUGUGGAGGACCACAUUUGAGGAAGGAUUGCAAUCAAAUCUUUCCUUCUUGCAGCCAUUGUGGAAAAGCUGGACAUCUUGCUAGCAAUUGUUGGUUUGCACAACAAAAAGUUGACAGUGACAAGGGAAUUCUGAAAUCUACACAUCAUAAUGGCACUAAACCAAAAAUUCAAGGGAAAGUUUUUGCCAUGAGUGGAGCUGACACAACAACCUUUGAUGAUCUCAUUCGAGGUAAGUGCAUCAUAAGUGAUAGAGUUAUUGAUGUUCUUUAUGACUCUAGAGCCACACAUUCAUUUAUAUCUUUGGAUUGUGUAAAAAGUCUUGAUUUGCCUGUCACAACUAUGCCUUAUGAUGUUGUGGUGUCCACUCCUACUGAUAAACCAGUUACUACCUCUAAUGCAUGCUUGGGAUGUUCUAUCAUCAUACAUGGUAGAACUUUCUUAGUGGACUUGAUUUGUUUACCAUUCUCUUGUUUAGACAUAGUAUUAGGGAUGGAUUGGUUGUCAACCAAUCGUGUCCUUCUGAACUGCAAAGAUAAAACUUUGAUCUUUAGUACACCGUCACAAGAAAACUCUAGAUUUAUAACUACAGAGGACUCUAAACCUAUAAAAGAUGUCAAAGCUUUUAUGGUCCUAUUUUCUUCUAUUGUAGAAGAAUCUCUUGAUGUGAGUAGCAUUCCUGUUGUUAACAUUCAAUUGAAAGUUUAUUCAAAUGAUCAUACUUUGAAAUGUUAUGAUGAAUUUUUGGAGUUAAAGGAAAGACUCACCCUUACUUUCUUUAUUUUUCAGAGGAAGAAAUUGGAGACCUAA